AUUGAGUACCCUCAGCUAUUUGUAGAUGAGAAGAGCUAGUCUUACGUCUGCAUCGCUGAUCAGAUCGUGCUCCGCCCGAUCUUCGCAAGAAGAGGCAUUACGGGCUGGACCUGCCCUCUUGUGGGCGCCAGAUCCAGGGCCAUUGCUUCAGUUGGCCCAAGGCCACUGCAGAGAGAGCAGACAGCAGCAGCAAUCCAGAGAUUUUGCUGGCAGCCAUGCGCAUUCCUCUAUUCUUACACAGGGAUUGGAAAGUCUGUACAGAGCUCAGCCAGUCGACCCGUUUUCAUUGGUGAAAGAGGAGAUUGAAUCCGUCUCUGAGCGCCUGCGGCGUUCCGUUUUUACCGGCAUCCCCACUCUGCGAAGUGCAGCCGAGUACUUCUUUAAGAUUGGCGCGGAGGGAAAGCGGCUCCGGCCGACAAUGCUGCUGCUGAUGGCUUCCUCCUUGUCUGCUUACGUGCCCAGCCCAGACUUCCUUACUGUCGAUGACAGGCCGCCCAAUGUGCACCCCAGCGAGGAGCGGAGGCGGCAGCAGAGGAUAGCAGAGAUCACCGAGAUGAUCCAUGUGGCAAGCCUGCUGCAUGAUGACGUCAUCGACAAUGCAGAGGUGCGGCGGGGGCUGCGAGCGCUGAACAGCGUGUUUGGCAACAAGAUUGCCAUCCUGGCGGGCGACUUCCUCCUAGCGCGCGCGAGUGUGUCACUGGCGGCCCUGCGCAACAGCGAUGUCAUCCAGCUUCUGAGCCAGGUCAUCGAGGACUUAGUCACCGGCGAGAUCCUGCAGAUGACAUCGACGGAUGAGGACCUGCUGUCGUUGGACCACUAUGCGCGCAAGACCUUCCACAAGACGGCCUCGCUCAUGGCCAACAGCAGCAAGGCCGUUGCCAUCCUGGGCGGCCAGCCCACCGACGUCUCAGAGCUGGCCUGGCAGUACGGCCGCCACCUGGGACUCGCCUUCCAGUUUGUGGACGACAUUCUGGACUUCACUGGCAACACGCUGCAGCUGGGAAAACCCGCCCUUAACGACCUGCGCAGCGGCCUUGCGACCGCGCCAGUAAUCUUCGCAGCUGAGGAGCAUCCGCAGCUGCGGCAACUGGUGCUGCGGAAGUUUAAGAGCGAGGGGGAUGUGGAGCUCGCGCAGCGGUUAGUGUUCGACUCUCAGGGCAUCCAGCGAGCGCGCGACUUGGCCGCUGAGCACGCUGCGCUCGCUGCACAAGCGGUGGCGAGCAUGCCCCCUGCUGCAACAGAGCAUGCUUCAUUGUGCAGACAAGCUUUGACAGACAUAACAGCAAAGGUUUUGGCGCGCAAGAAGUGAGCUUAGGAUUGUCCCAAUUUGUAAAAAUAGGCUUGCUCUUGUUUAUAGAGGCAAAUAUAUUGCGUUGAGUAUACCUUUUUGGAAUUUGUGCAUUGCUCAGGAACCAUUAGGGCACUGACAGGCCAACGAAUACUGUAAGUGGGUAACUUGCGGAUAUCGACUGCAAAAACUCUUUGAACACGGUGACAGUGUACACAUGUGGAAUUAAAAUUGGCCACCGUUCUUAUCAGGCAGGCAGCAUGUGAUCAAUACUGUCGAUCUUGGCUAAUAAAAAAGUUUCAUGCG